AUGAUUUCUCGAGAAUUUAACGUUGACAGAGAAGAGGCCCCACGUCUGAAAACUUCUACGAGAGAUGGAGGAGGACUUGUGCGCCGUGAAGUUGAUCCCAGAGAUCAGAUUGAAUCAGAUGCAGAUUCUGAGAGGCCUAAGAUUAUUGUAGACAUGCGAGAAUUCAACAGUGAACUACCAACCGUACUGUACACAAAAGGCUACGAUGUGGUGGCAACGACUAUUGAGAUUGGUGAUUACAUUCUUUCACCGAACAUUGCAAUCGAAAGAAAAGCGUUAGACGACUUGGCGCAAUCUUUACAAUCUGGAAGAGUGUUCAAACAAAUUGAACAGAUGCUGGAACAUUAUGACUGUACAGUUUUAUUGAUUGAAUCAAACAGAAAGUUCGAAACUAAAAUUGUGAACGGAGGUCCGUUUCAAGGUGAACUCAGUCGUCAUUGUCGAGAAAUCCGUUCCCUUUUCUGCUCCUUGAUUCGCACUAAUCCAAAAAUGAGAUGCGUCUGGACAACCUCUCCAACGAAUUCAGCAGAGUUCUUCUCUGAACUGAAGUUGAGUGCACCAGAGCCAGAUGUUGAUCGUGCCAUUUCACUGAAAGCAGAUCAAAUGGAAGCAUCAAGUCAGGAAACAGAUGAUAUUGAAACCACUGCUGGUACCAAGUCAAAGAAAGGAAAAAAGUGGAAACCAAACCCAACUGUCGUCAGAACGUUAACACAAAGUUUCGGCAUGAAAGUUUCAGAGGCCCAUAACUUGUUAGCAAAUGCUCCCAUCAAAACUCUAGCGGAUCUUUUCUCUUCGGGAAUUACAUCCUCUCUUCUUUCUGAAUACAUUCCGACAGCGUCCGCUGAUUUCAUCAAAGAAGUGUCAACAUUCAAUUUCGGUAGAAAAUAA